AUGACUAAUGAUAGUAACGGUUAAGAUUUCAUAGUAGAUGCAGAUUUGAAAUAGAAUCAUGAGAUCAAAUGCAGAAUGGAACAAAUUGAAUGGAAUUAUCUUGAGGUCUUUCAUCCGCCCAAUGAUCUCUCCAUUGAAAAUAAAAAAAUCUAUAAACUAGUUUCUUUGAGAUAAGAGAUAUCCUAACUUGAAACUCAUUAAUCAAAGAUUAAAAAGAUUGAAAGGAUUCAUAAUUGUGUAGCCUUUGAAAGAUUUAUGAGUGAAUUAAAACGAAUGAAAAAAAAAUAUCCAAAGAAAUCUUUUGAUAAUAUAGUGAAACAUUUAUUCCAUGGUAGUUUUAAAACAAAUCCUGAAUACAUAUAUGGCUGUGAGGAUGGAUUUGAUAUAAGAUUUUCAAACGCAGGAAGAUAUGGUCAUGGCAUUUAUUUUGCUAAAAAUUCAUACUACUCUCAUAAAUACUCAUAUACCACAAAAGACGGUUGCUUUUAAAUUAUGCUUGCAUUAGUACUAACAGGAGAUAGUCUACUUCAAAUAGAUGCAGACUCAAGUAUUAAACUACCACCGCUAAAAUCUGAGUAAGGAUUUUAAAGAUAUGACUCAAUUAAUAAUGGCCCUGGAGGGCAUUAUAUUGUUUACAGCAAUGACAAAGCAUAUCCUGGAUAUUUAAUAACCUAUGAACAUAUUUAUUGA